CCCGUACAGAUAUGCAGCGUCACACGGGUUAUUCGGCCAGUAGUCGACAUCACCAAAGGACAAUUUGCACGUUACUCCGAUCGCUCGUGUUAAAGGUGCAGGCAUGAGCGACGCCGCGCCCCAGCAGCCGAGCGCAGAGGGGCGCCGCUUCUCGUACGUGAUGGGCGGACAGGACCCCUUCGACCUGGCCGACAAGGGCUGGCUGGGUGUCGCCGAAGUGACAGAGGACAAGCCUCGGCCCAGACAGAUUCCCCAAGUCAGUGCCCGCGCAGAGGACGAAACAGAUGAAGAGGAGGAGCAGGGGAAGCAGAAGGCGUGGAGGAAGAACGAGGACAUCCCGAAGCGUUUCGACGAGCUCCCCACCGAAGAGAAGUGGAUCAACGUGAGCGACGUCAUCCGCAGGCAGAGGGAGGAACAGGCGCAGCGGGAGGCGAAGCAGAAUAAGGUGAGACCUCCUCCCGACCCGGAGGAGGAACGUCCCAAAGCCCCUUCCGACUCCAACGACGAUGACGCGGCUAAAAGAGGGAAUCGGGAGAAAAAGCAGGAAAAUUCCGCUCAACUGAGAGAAAGACAGGAAUCUGACGACUCUGAGGAGGACACGCCGGGCGUCGACGCCAUUACAGAGUCCAUGCUGCAUUUCGCUCUAAAGCCCGGCCUCAUGAAGGACAGAGGCAUGGGGAGGCGGAGUUCCCUGCCAGUGACCCCUACUCCUGCUUAUGGCAAAUUCGACCGAAGUAGCCCUCUCUGGACGGCCGCGGAGAGACCGCCUCGCAGGUCGUCGUUCACCGAGGAAGAGGGUGAGCGACCGCCCCUCCGACACAGGCCUCGGGAACAACACGUCAGGAGAGGGAGGUCUCCUCGACACAGCUUCAGUGAGGACAGGGGGGUCGAGAGACGCCCUUACAGAGAGCCUAGUCCCGACUACGAAUUGGACGAAAGUCCUCCUCGAUCUCCCUAUCGCCAGGAAUACGAGCCAGGUCGUCGAGGACAUAGGUCUCCCGAGCGACACCACGAAGACGACCGGAGACAGCGGUAUCCCGACGAUGACUGGCGAUACGGCCACGACCACAGGCCAGAGGACCACGACGAUGAAUAUCCAGGAAGGGGGCAUCCUAGAUACGACGACUACAACUACAACCUCAGGCCAUCGGGGUACGACCGUGGUGCUUACGACGACUCCCCAGAGCGGUACUAUGAGGGUGAUCGCCGCCGAGACUACUUCCGCCAGCACAGCGACCCAAGACAUGGACGGGGCAGUCAGACGUACAGCCGUCCGCAAUAUCGUUAGUUUUCUGCGUUCUGUACUUUUUUCAACUCUCCUUCACGACUUUCCAUUACUAUUCCGUGUGUUUUGCAUUGCCUUGGACUACUGUAGUUUCAUCUUGGUUUUUAAACCAAGUAUAUAUGGAUGUUUUUUAUGACUGUCUGAUAUCAAAAUAUUAUACUCAAAUUCUUCCACUUAACAAAAGAUUAUAUGAGAAUUCAUAAUGAUUAUAACCUAAUAUUUAAAAAUGCAAAGUAUAAACAUACUAUAUAAGGGAUUUACAGACAAACCACUUAUGCUUGUAUCUUGAAUAAAAACUUUAUAUGUUCUACAAACCUUAAAAACCUAACUAUACAUUAUUUUCAAUUAUACAAAAUAAGUUGUAUACAUAAAUUACAUACACACUUAACACUCCAUUAAAAAAAACUCUUCUGUUUCAUUCCAUAUCUUACAUUUAUUAAUCAUACAUAAUGCAAUCAAUAAUAAUAAUCAUCAUAAUAAUAAAAAUAAUAAUAAUAAUAAUAACAAUAAUAAUUUAACUUAUUCCAUUUGUUACAAUGGAUAUUCUUGGUGUGACA